GGUCAAUUUUGGAUUCUACUGCUCUUGGAGAUGCCAAAUUUUCUUUCUUCUGGGACCCUUGCGCCAUUUAUUCCCCAACUCAUCAGAGACAUCAGAGUCACUCACGGAGACGAAUCCCAGGUUGGACACUACACCGGCAUCCUUGUAAGCAUGUCUUCAUCCUCAAUUUUUCAUUGGAGCCAACUGUCCGACCACAUCGGGAGGAAGCCUGUUGUACUGACAGCUCUUUUAGCAAUCGUUAUUUCGAUGUUUUCGUUUGGGCUGUCGAAGACAUUCCUUGGUCUGCUGGUAAGUCGUAUUGUCUAUGGAGCAUUUCAUACGAGUGAUAGUAUGGUCAAGAGCAUGCUGAUGGACAUCACUGACGCAACCAAUAUGCCCGCCCAAGGCAUACAUACAUUUUAUCUCGCACUGAGGUUCACGGCAUCUACUAGACCACUCAUUGGGGGAUUUCUCUCCCGACCAGCAAACAAAUUCCGUGAUAUCUUCGGACGAUCAGAACUCCUGAAAACCUACCCAUAUCUCCUGCCAUGCUCUAUCUCAGCAUUUUUUAUAUCGAUAAUUUGGCUAGUCGCGUAUAUCCGUCUUAGAGAGAGCGUCUCUACGACUGGCAAAACACCGCUCUGGGAGCUAAUUAAAGGAAGAUUCUUCGGACAAUCAUACUCGAAGCCUCCCCAGCCAUCGUUAGUUGAUCCUGGGGAUGGGAGUCCUGGAGAAGUCCAAUCAAAGCCGCUUCCGCUGCGCGCCUUGCUAACCUCGAAGGUGUUGAGUGUGACAGCUUGUUAUGCCACCACAGGCCUGUUUCAAAUGGGGUUCAAUCUGGUCUUAUCUGUUUUCUAUGCGACACCGAUUGAACUUGGUGGUCUUUCCCUUGACCCUCCUCGCAUCGGUGCUUUACUUGCGGCAUCAGGUAUCAUACAUGGAAUAUUUCAGCUACUUUUCUAUGCUCAUUUACAUGAUCGCUUCGGUGCAAGAGCUAUGCAUAUCACCGGUGUUAACUCCGGCAUACCCAUGAUCAUUUUAUUCCCAGUGACGAAUGCUCUGGCUCAAGCCUAUGGAAUAGGCAUGGCGGUGUGGCUGCGUGUUGUCGUCCAGCUUACGCUGAAGACUAGCCUGAUCAUGUGCUUCCCCUGCAUGGUAUUAUUCACCAGAGCAGCUGCUCCCAAUCGCGCCUCGCUCGGAGCAACCAAUGGAAUCGUCAUGGUAGCUGUCGCAGUAGCAAGGAUCCUCGGCCCGGCAUCUGCAGCUUCAGUCUUCUCUUAUUCAUUGCAGGAAGGGCAUGAUGCAUGGUCGAUAUACUACUUCAUGAUCGCAAUUGCAUUUCUCGCUGUAGGUACUGCUCUAUUGCUUCCCCGUGAUCCUAGUGUAUGGGAAAGUUCCCAAUAAUGUUAUCGCGAAUGACCCUGUACAUUAUGAUCUAGUGUAGGAGGCAUGGAAUUGCAUUGCAGAUGCCAAUAUUUAUGACUAAAUAUUGUCACAAAACCUAUCUUGCGACGAAUUUAACGAUAACAUUAUAAACACUAGCUGGCGACUCGGACUACCACGAGUACGCCGCUCUACAUCGUCGAUUCGCCAAAGUUCAACUGCUCAAGAACCACUGUAUUCCACGAAUCACGUUUUAUUCUCAUCCUUACUGCUCCUGUUGGACAGUGAAACGCAAACAGAUUCCUUUGCCACUCAAAGGCUGGCACACACAUCUGCACGACCUCCAAAAUGCGAACCAAGCCAAAAAAAAGUCAGAACUUCUAGAGAAUUUAAGUC